AGACAACUUCCUCUGCAACAGCCACAACCCGACUGAGAACACACAUAGGCUGCCUGCUGAGUGCAUCAUGGAAAGAGCCGUCGUGGUGUCGGCCCGCAGGACUCCCUCAGUACCAGAAUGCAACAUCUCUACCUCCACCUUGGCCUUCGAUCAGCACUUCACAACAAAUGCCAAAGGAAUACUCCUCCUGGCUGAGAUAGUGUGUGGUAUGUUAGUGUGGAUUCUGGUUGGGGGUACAGAGUAUUUUCAUGUGCCUGCUCUCUGCUGGGUGAUGUUUGUUUCCAUCUUGUGCUGGGUGCUGACCAUUUGCCUGUUUAUUAUUUAUCUCACUGGAGCCCACAGCAGAAUACCACAGGUCCCUUGGACUACACUGUCGCUGUGUUUGAACUGUGGUGCUACGGCUCUGUACCUGGUGACGGCAGUGGUGGAUGCUCACACAGUCAACCAGGCCAUUAGGGGGCGACACAACUACAACUGCUGGGCAGCAUCUGCAUUCUUUGCAUUUCUGACCACACUAUGCUACGCAGGAAGCGGCUGCCUGAGCUACCGUGCGUGGAAGACCACAGAAGAAGGACAAUAAUCAUGUUGCUUGUUCAGAUUGUUCUCUGAGGAGCAUGUCUGAUGGAGAUCUCACUUCAGACGAUAGGCUUCAGUCAAAUAAAAUGCUUGUAUAAACUGUAAAUAUGGUCAUGAAAAGAUGGUAUUUUUAGUUGGAGUGAUAAAGACAGGAUUUGAAGGCGGGCUAUGCAAUUCUAAUGAAAUACAUGUAUUUUUGUAAAAUUCAGCGAACAUCCCCUCAAGGUCUGCUAUUAGAAGUCAUCAAAAUUAAGUUUUAAGAUAAAAUUACUGCAUAAUGUUGCUGUAAAUGUCAGAUGAGCCUAAGCACAAUAAUCUACAGCAAUUCGUAGUGAAAAUCUUGUUCAUUUAGCUAAGUCAUCGGUCAUAGCAGAGCACUUGGCUGCAACCAGCAAAGAUGUUUAAUUUAAAUGAACGAUAAAAGGUGAUUGGUAUUCUGCUUCACUCACUGUGACCUGCCAUACUUCACCUCCCUAGCAGAUACUCUCAUUGAGCUUCUGAGGAUGAUCUGCGUGCACAGCUGUUCAUCCAUUACAGUAAUGAGCCAUGCAGUGGGCCUUUCUCAAUCUGUGUUCUUGUCUGUACUUGUGUUCUUGUGAACCUUAAGCUUUUGUGGCCCAAGUACUGUCCCAAUACACAAGUCUGCAUUUUGGAAAGAACGGUUAAAAAUCCCGGAAGUGUUCUUGACACGCCCAUACCGAGGAUGCAUCGGUUGGUAACUUGAACUUGACGGCAGAGAUAUCCCAAACAAUGGACUGAAAGCAGAUGAGAGAGGCCAACAACAGAACGUUUUGUACUGUUUUCGGACGUUAUUUCAUCACUAAAUCCACUUCUGGGAAGGUUUGAGGCCAGAAAUCAACUGUGUAGAUGUCGAAUAUUGGCAAUUUAAUAAAAUGAUGGCGAAUCUAAAAUGUGCUCAAACAUUUUCGGAGUUGUGACGCUCUGCAACCGUCAGCGGGGGGAGCUAGCGAGCCGUCAACUCGGGUGUGACGUCAUUCCCACCUCCGACCGAGGUAAAUGGAACGCAGCAUUAUAUCCACGCGUUCGGGGGAUCGAGCUGAAUCUCGUGGUAUAGGCCACGCCCAUUUCCGCCUAACUUUUUUUUCUCUCGAUACAUUGCGAAAACUGAAACACCUAUUUUUAUUAACUUCUCCGAAGCCGCAAGUCUGAUCGGCACCAAACUUGGCACUGAUAAUCUCUGGACCAAGCUGAUGAAAGUUUGUAAAGGAAAUUUUGAUCCGACUAAAAAUGUCGCAAUUAUAGCAAUUAUUAAAUGCUAAAAACAGGAAAUGACAUCAUGUCUUCGUUUUGGAAUGGCAGACCGACACCAAAUUUGGAGCAUUAAUGUGGGACGCCCCCCUGAGGGCCUGUGCAACAUUUGGUGCAACUCGCCCCUAGGUGGCGCAAUUUCAUUCAAAAAAAUUGUUCCUCUGUCACCACAAGUCACAUUGACAUGAAUCCAGAGCCAAAUUGUUCAGCAUGGUCCCCUUACUACAGGCACCAAAGUUCACCCAAAUAUGCCCAUAGGUGGCGCUGUUAUUGCAGAUUAAAGACGUAAAAAUAAAGUCCCAUUGAUUUACAUGCAUUUUAUAUCUCCAUAACCACAAGUCUGAUUCAUACCAAAUUUGGGGCAAUUGUUCCCCAUGGGGCCCUGAUGAAACCUCAAAAAUUUAGUGCAAUUUGGCCAAAAGGUGGCGCUAUAAUCGAUCCCAUUAAUUUCAAUGGGAUUUUGAACCAAAGGACAUUUUUCUUUAUAACUACGCGCCACUACAUCGCACAUUUAUAAACCUUACUAUUACGUGUUUUGGGAAUGCUACCGAUUCCGAUGGUAUAGGAUACACCUCUGUGCCAUGACGUUUUCAUUUCGAUCGGGAAAACUGGAAAACUUAUUUUAAUUAACCCCUCCGAAGCCGCAAGUUCGAUCGCCACGAAACUUGGCAAAGACCAUCUCUAGACCAAGCCCAAGAAAGUUUGUAGAGGGAAUUUUGAUCCGCCAAAAAACGGCCGUAUUACAGGCCAACUAAUUUUAGCGCAAACGCUAAAAACAUGAUGUCCUGUCACAUCUAACGUUUGCAAUGGCUGAUCUACACCAAACUUUGUGAAAUUUUGCGUCAAUCGGCCUCUAGGUGGCGCUAUUAAUUGGAAAUCAAAUAACACUCCCAUAGACAUACACUCAUUUCACAACUCCAUAACCGCAAGCCCCUUUCAUUUAUAACUCUGCUCAUUUAUUCUCCACAGAUCCCCCGAGCCGCAGCGGGGUGCCCGGUGAAUUUGCUAUGUGCUUCGUAUGCUGCACAAAGGUGUUAACCAUCAUUGCAUCCCCUUUGUGGUGCUGCAUAGCACUUGGCGCUACAACUAUAACUGAAUAUUAGCAUGUAGAUGUGUUUGGGGCAGGACUGUAAUCAAGCACGUAAAGUCUGGUGCAUAUGUCAACAUGUACACUAAUUACAACAACGUCCUCUUUCAUGGCGAAUCAUCAAUUUUGGACGCCACACCACAAAGACGCUGUUCCACGAAAACUCACCGUUUGUGCAACUUUUAAUCGUCAACGGGUUUAGAGUAGAUAGCAACAAUUUGAAGUCGGCCGGACUUAAUCCCUAGGAGGAGUUCGUUAAAGUACGGGGGCCAGUAAAUCAUCCAAAAAUGAAAUCCAAAACCAUAAAAUUCAUAAUGGCCGACUUCCUGUUGGGUUUAGGGCAUUGCACCAAGAGGCUUUUUGGUACGUCGGGACAUGAUGUACAUCAGCAUAUACAUGUGUUCAGGGCGGGAUUCUUAUUAAACGUGUAAAAUUUCAUAAAGAUCUGAGCAUGUACAGUCAAGUUACAACAACUUCCUGUGUCACAGUGAAGCGUGGAGCUUCGCCGCCAUGCCACCGCUACGCCACUGCAACACCGUUAACCGAAAACUCACAAGUUUUACAUCAUGGCUUCAUCAAUGUGUUAAGGGUUUUCUGGGACAGUUUUGAAGAUGAUAUCCAGUCUGGUAGGAGUACAUUACAGCGUAAAUCGUGUCAUUUCCUGUUGCCAGCAGGUGGCGCUAUGACAUUGAGUCAAUAUUGGCAUAUGGAUGUGUUCAGGGUGUGACUCUUAAUAUACAUAUCAAAUUUGGUCCAGAUGUCAGCAUGUAUACUGAAGUUAUAACAACUUCAAAAUUGAGGUUACUUUGCAGAAAAAAGAAGAAUAAUCCCUUCAGUUUCAAUAGGGACCUUGCACGGUUCGUUCUUGGGCCCCAACUAUAAAUGAAAAGCACAUUACACUCAAAACUGUUGUGUGUGCAACUGCAAAAGCAACGUCAAUACAGUAAGAGACUUCUUACACAUCACAUGCAACCUUGUCCCUUGCCAAGCAAAGGAGGAAAACCCUCGGAAGUGCUGGAUCCAGCCUGUUUCUAACAACACGUCUCACCACAGGCCAAUUUCAUUGGGUAAGAGAUGAGUUUCGGCCAUAGACAUUCCACCAUCAGGCAAUCAUUUAUGAAUCAUUGGUUGCUCAUUUAGGGUGGUGUGGUGGUGCAGUGGUUAGCACUGUCACCUCACAGCAAGAAGGUCAUGGGUUCGUGCCCUGGCCUUUCUGUGUGGAGUUUGCAUGUUGUCCGCGUGGGUUCAGAAAUCAUAAUUUGUAGCUAGAAACCUGGGUGUAAUGUUUGACUAUAACCUUUUUUUUUAAAAAUAUGUUAAAAUUGUUGUUCAAUCAUGUUUGUACCAGUUAAAUGAUACAAAUGUCUCUGCACAUGUAAAUACUGUUUCAUCUCAUGUCGGGCACAGACCUGGCACGUCGCACAUAUUUGUUGUUGAUCUUUGUUGUUAUAUAUUUUUAUGUUGUCAGUUUAUAUAUUUAUAUGUACACAAUAUAUAAGGACAUCCGUACUUUUACUUCAUCUAGGUUGGAUUAUUUUAAUUCAUUGUAUUCAAGCCAAUUAACUAUCUCACAACUUCAGCUUGUACAAAAUGCAGCUGCCCGACUUUUAACUAAAACUAGAAGACAAGAUUACAUCACUCCUGUUUUAACCUCAAUUUGCUGGUUACCUGUAAGGUUUAGAAUUGAUUUUAAGGUUUUACUGAUCGCUCUUAAAGCGCUUCAUGGUUCUGCUCCCAGCUAUAUUGCUGACUUGCUGCUCCCCUAUGAGCCAGAACGCAGCCUCAGAUCAUUUGUUAUCUGUUCCUAAGAGCUGGCUCAAGACCAAAGGUGACCAGGCUUCUGCAGUAAGGGCCCCUCAGCUCUGACACUCCUUGCCUGAGAACCUGAGGCUUGCAGGUUCAGUGACAUCUUUAAAAUCACUUCUCAAGACAUUUUUUGUACAGCCUACCAUUUCUGUCUUGUGAUAUAUGUCAAUUUUUACUGUAUCACUGUUGUGGAAUCUUGUUUCUUUUUAUCAUUAUACAAGUUUAUAUUGUUUGAUUUAUUUAUUAUUUUUAUGCCUCUGUCUUGAAAUGUUUUUAAUUUGUGUUCAACCAUGUAAAGCACUUUCUAACUCUGUUUUGAUGCGUGCCGUAUAAAUAAAGUUUAUUAAUAUUAUUAUUAUUACUAAAUUCAGCAUAAUGUUGUAGAGCAGAAACAGGUCACUGACCUCUAAUCUGGAAUGAAUUUGUGCCAGCAUUUUGGAUGAAUGAAUUAAUUGUGUUAGGCACGUGUAUUGUGGGCUAAUAAGUGUUCCUAAAACAUGUUCAGUGACACACCAGCUAAUCUCUGUUGUCUGGUAGAAUAUUAACAGUAUUAAUAGUAGAAAACAGUUUAAGUUUAUCAGUCUUGCAUUCUGCAUGUAGAAACAUCUGGACUCUUGUCUUGCACAACUUGUAGCAUAACAGUUUGGUUUAAUUUGAUGUCUGAAUUGUCAUUUCUGCUGAAAUAUAAUGGUGUAUCUUCUGUAACUACCACAACCUGCAGUAGCUAUAUGGUGCAUAUUCACUUGCAAGCAGGGGUAUGUAUGUAUUUACAGUAUAUACUACAUUCUCCUGACAAAAUGCAAAGCUGAAACUCAAGCUAGGACGGAGCGGGUUGAACUUGCAUUGCCAGACAAUCUGUAUAGAUCAGCAACGAUGAGAUCAUAAUAAUAAUGUCAAGUGUACUUAGUAGGUUUUACAAAAAAAGACAUAAACACUGAUGAUUUUAAACUGAGAACAAGCACUGCAACCUGAAUACAUGCCAUGUAACCUUUACCACAUUCUGAAUCAUCUUUGUGUGUAGAGCAGAAACAGGUCACUGACCGCUAAUAUGGAAUGAAUUCAUGCCAGCAUAGUGUAAGUGAAGCACAUGAGAAGGCAGCAGAGCAGACAGCGCUGGCAGCAUACUGACAACAUUGACUUGAAAACAUAUUUAGAUUAAUGAACUGUGUUAGGCACGUUUAUUGUGGGCUAAUAAAAGUUCUCCUAAAA